CGCGACGAGGAGAGACCAGAGAGGAGGAAGGCGGUUGUUGCUCAUCACAAUCAUGUUUGUUGUUGUGUUGUUUUGUUCGCUGUUGCAUUCAGCAUGAUCCAACACACCGGUCCAUGGGCUCAGAGCGGGAGGAGAUGCGCAAGAGACAGCUGCAGGUUCACCAGGAAGCAGCUGCCAGUGUCCUCCACGCGCGCCACAGAAUGGGAAACACGCCCACCAACGCCUCGAACGCCUGCUGCUUCUGCUGGUGCUGCUGCUGUAGCUGCUCCUGUUUGACUGUGAGGCGCGAGGACGAGAUGAUACAGAGGUCCACGUUUGAGCGCCGAACCGAGGGAACCGCUAAUUGUGACGAAAGCCCGAAGCCCACUCUGGAUGACGCUCACUCCUGGACGAUGUCGUUCGAAAGGGUGAUGAAGAGUGCGGCGGGUCGCGGCUGCUUCCGGCAGUUCCUGCGGACGGAGUUUAGCGAGGAGAACAUGAUGUUCUGGAUCGCCUGCGAGGAGCUCAAAAAGGAGACCAACAAGACGGUGGUGGAGGAGAAAGUCCGUCAGAUAUACGAGGACUUCAUCUCAAUCCUCUCCCCAAAAGAGGUCAGUUUGGACUCGCGCGUUCGAGAGGUGAUUAACCGCAACAUGCUGGAGCCGACCUCGCACACGUUCGACGACGCUCAGCAGCAGAUCUACACGCUGAUGCAGAGAGACUCCUACCCCCGCUUCAUCAACUCAUCUGCGUACACGGAUCUGGUGAAGAGCCUGGAGGAGCCUCCCCCCGAGCCAUAGACCCUCCACCGCCGCACUCUUAGCUUUUCAAAUGUUGGCGCAUGCGUCCCGCCCGAAGGAGUCUUGUGUUCCUGUUGGAGUCCUGCUAUUUAGAGAGAGAGACAGACGGGAAAAUGAACACUGCAUAAAACCGGUGUUUAUCCAGCUGUUUACUGCUGUUUAUUUACCCAUGAUUAGCUUCCCCAAAUACUCGGAGCGAACAAGAACAAACGCUAUCCAGCAGUAGUCGCUUGUUCGAAAACAUAUCUAUAUUUUUAUAUAAUCCCUAGCGCUUGACAUUGCACUUUUCUACCUUAUUCAAUGAGGGAAAGCAUGCAUCUGUGAGCACUGCAUUUGUAUUUAGGUAUAUUGUGGGCCUUAAUGCAUAUCCAGUUCUUGUAGAAUCCAAUAGGUUUUAUUUAACAGUAACUUAAAGAAGAAGGAAAGUGCCUUGGAAUAAGAUCUUCUACACGAGCACCGUGACUCUAACAUGACAAUGACUUCACAUGUUGGUGCUUUCAGCUCUUCUCAAAGAUAAAAGUUUUUACGACUCGAUGAGCUGACACCCGGAAAUAGAUCGUCUGUGUUUCAAUACUGUGAUAUUAGUCAAAUUAUAUUUAAUUUAAACAAAACGUGGGCAAACUGAAUACAUGACCACUGAUAUAUUUGUGUAUUUAAAAAUAGAUUUGUGUGAAAUAGUUAAUUGAAUUCUCACAAAUUAAAUAAAGCACAAUCGU